AUGGAAAGCCUCAGUGAGACCCGCUGGGACGUGCUCAUUGCCGGCACUGGCGUCGAGCAGUCCCUCCUUGCACUGGCUCUGUCACGCUCCGAUAAGAAGAUUUUACACGUGGACAAGAACGAUUUCUACGGAGGGCCUCAGGGAGCUUUCAGCUUACAAGAGGCAGAUGCAUGGGCAAAGAAGGUCAACGACGAUGAGACAAAGCCGUCGCUGUUCCGUCGUGCCUCCAUAACCCAGCCCGCGCCGGCCGACUCGGAUGUAGAGGGACCCAAGCUUGGCUUCUCGAGAUCGUACAGUCUUGCGCUGGCACCGCAGCUGUUGUAUAGCCGCUCUGCCAUACUUCCCGUGCUGGUAUCGUCGAAAGUCUACCGGCAGGUUGAGUUUCUGGCAGUGGGAAGUUGGUGGGUAUACUCUUCGGAUACUGGGCCUCAGACGGAGUCGGAAGAAUCUGAAGAGGGUCGGUCUGCUGGACGUUUGACCAAGGUUCCAAGCGGCCGCGAAGACGUCUUCUCGGAUGAGAGCAUCGACUUCAAGGCGAAAAGACUUUUGAUGAAGUUCCUGCGCUUCGUCGGCGACUACGAGAAUCAGGAGGAAGUCUGGCUGGAUUAUCGCCAGUUGUCUUUCUCCGACUUCCUUUCGGAUCACUUCAAGAUUCCCAAAGACAUGCACGGACCGCUACUGGCAUUAACUUUGUCUCUGGAAACUCCCGACAAGACUACAACCGAGUAUGCGCUGCCGCGGAUCGCGAAUCAUCUUCGGUCGAUUGGCGUGUUCGGCCCGGGCUUUGCCUGUGUCAUUCCGAAGUGGGGCGGCCUUGCAGAAAUUUCUCAAGUCGCUUGUCGCGCUCAAGCCGUUGGCGGUGGUAUUUAUGUCCUUGGACAGGGCGUCACCAGCGUUAAUACGGACCCGAGCCCUUCCACUGAUGCCAAUGAGGACGGUUCUCAAGGCAGAGUUUCAGCAUUGUUGACAGAGGGCGACAACAUCUCCACGAGAUGGAUUGUUGGUUCAGAUGACGACCUCCCGUCUCACGUAGAGUCUCCCUCUACUGGGGCUGUUGCCUGCUCAAGGUGUAUUUCGAUUGUAUCGUCUGCUCUGCGACAACUCUUUCCUCCAUUGGCUGAAGGUGCUCCUGCGCCUGCCGGUGCAGUAGUGUCCUUCCCUACUGGCAGCCUGAACGUGGAUGGCAGUACUGAACACCCGCCAGUGUAUGUCUUUGUUCACUCAAGCGACACUGGCGAGUGUCCAGCCGGUCAAUGUGUCCUCUACGCUUUCACUUCUCCUACUGGCGAACAGGGUGUCAAUCUCCUCAACGCCGCCGUCGCCGCUCUUCUCCAGAGCAUUAACGAAGAAACGACGCCCAAGAUCUUGUGGUCUAUGCAUUACGAGCAGCACUCCCGCAGCAACAGAGACGCGCCUGCUACAACUCAUGAAAGCGUAUUAGCAUUCCCUCCUCCCUCACUGGAACUCAAGUUCGAUGACUCCAUGCUGGAUUACGUCCGCACCAUGUGGGAGAAGAUCAUGGGUGAGGACGCUGAACCGGACUUCUUCAUGAAAUUCGAGGACCGGGAGGCGAUAGAUGAUGAAGAUUAUGAAUGA